UCUUGUAUUACGGUUUACGAUCAUUCAUGCUUGUUCUUGAAGUUUUCGAUUCUUAAACCCAUAUCAAGGAAGGAAUCUCACGAUAUACAGUUCAUAGAUUUCACGGAAUGUGGAACUGAAAAUGGCGAGACUAGAACGAUAUUCGUCGAUCAAUGACGCCAACCAAGAGAACGGUGUUGAUCACUCCUAUACAAAUCCUUCCUAUGACAGAUAUUUCGACGACAUAGAAGAACUAGAAAGCAAAUGGAGAACAGAAGAUGGAGAAGUUUUCACAGCGCGCAAAAGACGAUGCACGAAGUUCAACUUUGCAGUAGUCAUUUUUAUCUUGGCCUCGGCAGGAUUAGCGAUUUUCUUGAUAGUCAAAUUUGCAGAUGACAAUUACAAUGUACAGCCAACGCCGCGACCGAGACCCGUGGAACGCAGCACGCAAAUGACGGCACCAACAGUUCCUGCAACAACGACAUCUUUAGAAUCGCCAGUGUCAACAACUUUAUCAAUGACCUCCGAACUCUCGUCAUCAGCUACAACAUCGUCAGUUUCAUCGAUUUCAAAUAUUUUAACUACAACGCCCACAGUGGCACCAUCAACAACAUUUAAAGAUGAGCAAGCUUUUGUUUUUGACGUUACGUUCAGACUCUCAAAUCAAACAUGGACAAAUGAAUACCUUGACCGGAAUAGUGAUGUAUAUAAGAAUUUAUCAGACAACCUGACAGUACAGAUCUUACAAGGUCUAAAUGACACGGAGACUGGUCCAAAUGUCAAGGACAUAUCUAUAAUAAACAUAAGGAAAGGAAGUGUCGUUGUUGAUUUUGCAAUUCAUCUAAGGAAGCCUUCCCUAUCUUCUACAAUACAGUCUGAUCUAAAUACCGCCAUUGCAACUGCGAAAUCCAAUGGACUUCUACCUCUAUUGGCGGAUGUUGACACCGAAAGCAUCCAGAUCUCAUUAUCACAAACAUCCCCGACAUCAACAGAUGUCACCACUCAAAAAGAUAUAACAACAAAAGCAACAACUCAAUCUUCGUCUACAGCUGCACCGGACCCUUCAUCAACAACACUGGAUCAAUAUUCAACUUCAAGAACAACAACUCCAAUUCCAACAUUUACAUCAAUGACUCAACCUACCACAACAUCUUUAAAAACAUCUUCCUCUGCAACAUCAACAAAGACCAAACCCUCCACAUCAUUCAGUUCCUUAACGUCAGCUGUAUCGACAACUAAAAAAGAUACAGCAACACCAUCAACAACAAUGAUAUCACUGACAACUACCAAAAGGAAUAUAUCUACGACAACUUACCCCACAAACACAACCGAAACGCCCCCAGUGACUAACACGACGAAAUCCCCCACUACGUUUAACGCAUCCAAAUCAAUGUCCACGUCUUCUUGGAGCACGACGGGAUCACUAAUGACAAGAACACCAACAGCAUAUCCAUCAUCGACGACUCUGUGGACAGAUAAAUUAAGUACUACAACUUCAGCUUUGACUACUUCAACACCAAUAACAACUUCAGCAGUUAUCAAAAAUAACACUGAUGACGGUGUUGCAUUCGUCGCUUCGAUGACGGUAACUUCCAUUACCUGGAGUGAGGAUUAUCGCAACAGUAACAGUGUGGUUUACAUGGAACUUGUCGGGAACUUCACUAACCAGGUAGAAGACGGAAUACAAAACAGUGUUUUAGGUCCCGCAUUCAGCCAUAUAACGAUUCUUUCAAUUAGACCCGGAAGCGUGGUAUUUGACAUCAGGAUUAAUAUGAAAAGCUCACAGUAUCAAUCUAACGGAGCGAAUAAUACUGUCACGCCCGCUAUUGUUCGCGAUGUUCUAUCAGCAGCCUCCCAGAAUGCAAGGAACAGUGGUAAACAACCAUUGUUGGCAGGUGUUAAUACAACCAGCAUCCACGUCGACAGAGAGUCAGUGACCUCUGCCUCACCUCCAACAAAUCCAUCAAGUAUAAUUUCCACAACAAAGUCACUGCUAACGACAUCGCAUCCGUCCAAUAUGACAGCAAACAAAACUACGACGGCAACACCACCAUCAACGACAUCGCAUCCCUCGAAUAUGACAGCAAACAAAACUACGACGGCAACACCACCAUCAACAUCGCAUCCGUCCAAUAUGACAGCAAACAAAACAACGACGGCAACACCACCAUCAACAUCGCAUCCGUCCAAUAUGACAGAAAACAAAACAACGACGGCAACACCACCAUCAGCGACAUCGCAUCCGUCCAAUAUGACAGCAAACAAAACAACGACGGCAACACCACCAUCAACGACAUCGCAUCCCUCCAAUAUGACAGCAAACAAAACUACGACGGCAACACCACCAUCAACGACAUCGCAUCCCUCCAAUAUGACAGCAAACAAAACAACGACGGCAACACCACCAUCAACAUCGCAUCCGUCCAAUACGACAGCAAACAAAACAACGACGGCAACACCACCAUCAACGACAUCGCAUCCGUCCAAUAUGACAGCAAACAAAACUACGACGGCAACACCACCAUCAACAACAUCGCAUCCGUCCAAUAUGACAGCAAACAAAACAAUGACGGCAACACCACCAUCAACGACAUCGCAUCCGUCCAAUACGACAGCAAACAAAACAACGACGGCAAUACCACCAUCAACGACAUCGCAUCCGUCCAAUAUGACAGCAAACAAAACUACGACGGCAACACCACCAUCAUCGACAUCGCAUCCGUCCAAUAUGACAGCAAACAAAACUACGACGGCAACACCACCAUCAUCGACAUCGCAUCCGUCCAAUGUGACAGCAAACAAAACUACGACGGCAACACCACCAUCAACGACAUCGCAUCCGUCCAAUAUGACAACAAACAAAACAACGACGGCAACACCACCAUCAACGACAUCGCAUCCCUCCAAUAUGACAGCAAACAAAACAACGACGGCAACACCACUGUCAACGACAUCGCAUCCGUCCAAUAUGACAGCAAACAGAACUACGAUGGUAACACCACCAUCAACGACAUCGCAUCCGUCCAAUAUGACAGCAAACAAAACUUCAACAACUUAUCUACCAAAUAUGACAACCAAUAAAAAUUUCACAGCAUUAUCAACCACAUCAAAUCCGUCAAAUAUAACAACAAGCAGAAUUUUUUCGGCAAUAUCGCCGUUAACAACAACACAUACAGAUAUGAUUGCAAACGAAACUUCCACAGCAAACCCACCAGGUCCAUCAACAGUGACCAUGUGGGCAGACAAAUUCAAUACUACAAUCUCUGCCGGUAAUUCUUCAUCGGAAUUGACAAGCCCAAUGCCUUUGAUGAAUUCAACAGACAGCGGAAGCAAUAAUACCAAACAAGUAUUUCCCUGUACCGAUGAAGAUUAUCUCUCGCAAACUUUGGAAAAUUACUGUCUGAAUAUGAGCAAAUUGACGGAGGUAGCACAGGCAUCUGAUGACGUCAAGUGCAGCUUUGUCCUCGCUGCCGCAGAUUGUGUAUUGGAGCGAAUACGUUCGGAGUUUGGUAUUGUCUGUAAAGACGAUCAUAUAAAGGCUGCUGUACUUCAGUUUUCUGAUGAAGUUCAGCUCUUUCUCGGAAUCAAUCCGGAGACAUGUUUUACAACAACCACAACAGCAACAACAAUAGAAAGAACGACAAUAACUGAAAGAGCAACAUCAACAACACAAACAACAACAACAAGACAAAGAACAGCAACAACAGAAUAACAACUAUAACAGAAAGAGCAGAAGCAGCAAGAGAAGUAACAGCAACACUAGCAACAACAGCAACACUAGCAACAACAGCAACACUAGCAACAACAGCAGCAGUGGUAUGAAUGACAAGAAGAAACAGAGGACAUGGAAACCAAUGUAAAACACUUCAUUUGCUGUAUAAGAGGCUAUCCAUGGAAAUAUCAGACAGGAGAAGUUCCGCAUAUCGAAUUUUCAGCUCAGCAUUUUAAAUUCAUCCAUCUAAUGUUUAAAAAAUUAAACACAACAUUGAUUUUCAACACCUGUGCCAUUGAGACGGGUUCGAUCGCCGUUGCCAGAUAGCUCCGUUGGUACACACAUGUCCAGAGAUAUGGGGAGGGGUGGUGGGUUCGAAUCUCAGUCAGGUACAUUGUCCCCUUCUUGUUACACUCCAUUAAGGUGUUGGCUUUGAUACUUUAAACAUGUUAUAUAUUACGGUGGCUUUAAUUUUACUAUGUUGCUAUUUGAAAAAUUGGCCCGAACUUGUUGGCUGACAAUAAACGUAUAUACCUACUCCGGUGAGUAGAAUAAGUUUUAAUCACUGUCUGCAUAGGACAAAGAAGUACAUGAUUUUAUCUACGGCCGGGGAAUAACUCUGAAAUAUUUUUGUACAUGAUAAAUCACGAAUUAUCAUUCCUGUGCAUUAAUCUCUGUUACACAAAUAAACGCAAUAUUGCAACGCAGGUGGAAAACGAAAGUAAAUCAUGAGGUGAGAAGUAAGUUACAGGGUGUAUUUGUUUUAAUUGAUUUGAACAUAUUUUAUUGUCUGGAUGUUAUAACAAAAGGAUUAAGCACAAGUUCUUAAAACUUAGAACACCCUCUCCUAAUUAAAUUGUUUUAAUUGAUCUUCCAGUACUAUGUUUAUUGAUAAAUAAUUCCAUUACCUAAUCUACUCUAUAAAUUAAUACAUUUUUUUUCUGUUUUCCAACUUUAAUCAGUAGAGAAAGGUACACAAAAUGAGCAGGGGUGAAACAGUUCAUCUCGUGACCUACUAUUACCCGAUCACGUGACGAAUUGUUUCCCAGUCACGUGAGAAACUAUUGAUUAGGUAAUAAAACAAAUAUUUCAUGGCUACUAUGGAAACAGUCAUUUCUAUUGUCCUGAGGUCGGGGCAAGACCCGGGAAACUUGUCACAGGCCCUAGGAAAUUAAAAGAGUAAGUAAUCCUAAUACUGUGAUUAGUAUUGGACACGUAUACAGCACUCCAUGAAAGUAAUUUUAUCAGUAGUGGAUUUGGGGGGUGUUAUGGGAGUUGCAAACUUCUCCCUUUCAUUUGAUUUAACACUUUAAGCAAAAAUGUCAGUUUUCCCUAUUUUUGGGUCUUCAGUCUCUUCUUUUGGGGCAUUCAUAAUUCUUAUUGCUAAAAUACAUAACAAUCAAGCUAGGAAUGGAAUCUUGCAUGUCAAAAACCACCUAUACUAUAGGCAGGGCCGGAUUUUCACUGGACAUUCUCUCGAUAUGCUGUGCCUUAUAUUGAAUCUUGAGAACGCACUCUCACUUUUAUUUUAUUUACCACUUAAAUUGUACAUAUUACUAUAAUACACAUCGAAACAAAAGAAAAAAGCUUUUUGAGACACUAUGAUCUUAAGUAGCAGCUUGUAACUUUGUCCUCGACAUACGUCUCUCAGCCUGACUAAAAAGUUGGCUACAAGAAUCACAAAACCGAUUGAGUAUACUCGACUAGUUUAUUCACUUCUUCAGGGAUGUAAUGAAUAUUAUAGUAGAGUAUACUCGACUAGUUUAUUCACUUCUUCAGGGGUGUAAUGAAUAUUAUAGUAGAGUAUACUCGACUAGUUUAUUCACUUCUUCAGGGGUGUAAUGGAUAUUCUAGUAGAGAAUACUCAAUUGGGUUUUUGAUAUUUUUAUUAUACUAAGUAUUACUUGUGUAGAUUUUUCUAUACUAUAUCUGGAUUAUAGUUAUAUCAUAUUGUGCUUUGGAAAAAUCUUACACUUUUAAUUGAGUAAGUAUAUGAAAGUAUUUUGUUGAAUACAUUGUAUAAUUCAUGUAAUCGUAAUCUAGUUUAUAUGAUUUGUUUUUUUAAAAAGAAGAAUUUUGUGUUCUUGUUUUACGUUUUGAAAUACCGGUGACAGUCUAUAUCUACCCUAUAUGUUAUUAGUUUUGUCAAACUUUGCAUGUAUGCAUAUGUUUAUUGUUUUCAUAUAUUUUAAAACUUAUAAAAUCUAAUAUAUUCGGUUCAAUAAGCGUUAUUUGAAUUGAAUUUUAUCGUAUCUUAAUUCACGUAUUUUUAUUAAAAGUGAAAACAGUCGCAUCUUAUUCCAUGUUUCUUUGUUUAUUGGUUUUGUAAGCCUUACCCAAGAAGUGUUAUCAUGCCAUGAAUAAAAAGAAAUCCAGCCAUUUUAUAUCCGAUA